AGAGACGGGGAAUGGAUUUGGUUGUGUGUUAGUAGUGGAGGGUCGGCGGAUCGAAUGUUUUGAGAUUUCGUGCUCGGCCGUUAUUAGCAAAGACAUUGUUCGCGUGAUGAACUUCUUCGCCGAUUAUCCUCUUAUUGGAGAGAUGAAAUUUCACUUUCAGUGUUCACAGACCGCGGCUCGUACGUUCGAAAGCGAAAAUUCCACCUUGAAGGCUUAUGAUAUGCUGGACCGACGCAUUAUAAAAGGCAAAUGCGUGCACGUAAAAAUAUUCAGUUGUGUGGAAACCAUUGGACAAAAUUGUUCAUUUCUAACAAAUUAAUUAGUUUACAUAGUUUUUGACUUGCGCGCAUUUGUCGCCAUGGGACAUGCGCGCAUAGCAAUCGUAUUAAUGGUUUGUGCGGUGAUGGUAUCAGUCGACGAGGUUCAUGCAAAAAUUAAAAAAAUCGAGUUCAUCAUCGAUCGUUCUUCCAACCGCAAAAUUGGAUAUGUCAUUACGAAAAUACAUCCGAUCGACCGCAAAGAUGAUAUCAAAGAAAAAUCAUUGCUUAAAGAGUCGAAUAAAAUUGACAGAAACACUUUGACCGAAAAUGAGCACGAGCAUACGGGCGAAAUGCAGCUGCUUCCAGUUCCGGAUACUCAAGCCAUAGAAACCGUAGAGUCGCCGAACCUACAGAUUUUAAAUAGUCCUUUGUUUGACGAAGAUCAGAAUUUCGAGAUCCGACCAUCGUUCACCGACCAUCAUUCGAAAACAGUGACGAUCGUGAAAAAUGUCCCCGAGCCUUAUGCGGUCGAAAAAACCGUUCAUGUUCCCAUAUACAAGAACAUUCCCUAUCCAGUGGAAGUCCACGUACCCGAGCCUUACCCCGUCGAAAAAGAAGUUCCGUAUCCGGUAAAGGUAGUAGUGAAGGUACCAGUGAAAAUACCAAAACCAAUUGCCGUAGUCAAGGAGUCGUUCUAUCCGGUACACGUACCAAUCGAACGUCGCGUUCCUCAUAGAGUUUACAUACCCGAUCCUUAUCCAAUUGAGAAGAAAGUCUACUACGAGGUCAAAGUCCCGGUCCCCGAGCCCUUCCCCAUCGAUCGUAAAAUACCGAUUCCCGUCAACGUGCCCAUCCAUAUACCGAAGCCCUAUCCCGUAGACAAAAUCGUACCCUUCCCAGUGAAAGUGGAGGAAGAGAGACCAGUGCCAGUGCCUUUGUUUAAGCCCUUCCCAGUACCGGUCACCAAACAUGUACCGUUCCACGUGGAGAAGUACGUGCCGUAUCCGGUAAAAGUCAAGGUUGACAAUCCGAUACCCGUACCCUAUGACAAACCGGUACCGGUGAAGGUAAAUAUAGAGGAAGAGAUACCUUAUCCCGUUGAGAAAGAAGUUCAUUACGCUGUAGAGAAGGAGGUACCUUAUCCUAUCAUCGUUAACGAGGAUAAAAAUGACGAGAUGAUAGAUUACACAGGCAGGAAGAAGGUACGGAAACAGCAAUCGAAGAAAGCUCCAAAAGUUUACGAAGAGAAGGUGGAGUAGAUGGUGAAAUGCCAACACCGACUAUCAGAAUUUGUUGCUUUUACAGAUCAAUUAUUGCUGUUAUUUAGUUUGUAAUAGUAUUAUAUUUUUACGAAAAGCAGGUACGAAUGCUCGUGAACUAGUGGCUAUUAUUCUGUUCUGACUGAUUAUAAAUAUUUUAU